AUGAGACUGACCGAGGAACAGGAACGCAACGUCGUCAGCCUUCAGUGUUCAGUGAAGGACCUCGCAGCCAAACUUCAGGAUGCAGAGACGAAGUUCAGGAAUUGUAUGCUAGAGAAAAUGGAGACAGUGAAUGAAGUGGACAGAAUAAACAAGACUAAAGCGACAGAAAUAUUAGCUAUGCAGAAUAAAUGCGAAGAACUCACCAAGGAACUUGCUCAAGCAAAAAACAAACUCCAAGAGAAGGAGAAGAAGCACAAAUCGCAAGAAGAAGCGAAGGAGAGAGUGAUAGCAAGACUCCGAGAAGAGACGAUGGUGCUGCUGAAGAAAAUGGGAGAGCAGGAAUCAGCCAUCAGACAACAGGUUCCGGUGCACGUCGAGGAGUACAGAGAGGAAGUCGCAGAGGGGAUAUGGCGAGAGAGCGAGAGCGAGGACUACGUAGGCGAACUCCUGACGAGUCCCCGCGGACGCCAGGGCAUCUCCGUCAGCACAAGCACCUGCGUCAGGAGUAGGGGCGUCGUCAGCACCUCUCAGAUAACACGAACGACUUUGAACCCCCGCAGACGCUCCCCUUCCCCCUCCAACCACCACAGGGGAGAGGAGCAGAGACACAGAAGCAGGAGCGUGACACCACCGAGGACUCUCCCCUGUGAGAGACCAACCCAGACGAACUUCCACAGGGGAAGGAGCAGCAGCACGAGCAGCAGUUCCUCUUCUCGUCAGCAGAGCGCGGAACACACGCUGAGGCCCAGUAGGAGCAUGUCCGUUUCUCGUCACAAGGUCGACACCCCAUUCAGACUGCCAAGCAACAGCUACAUCACGGCUGUAGCACAAUGCCUCUACAGUGUGGGGACACUGAGAAGCUUCUUCUGCACUGGCGCCUACAGAUGUGAUCUCAACACCUUUAGUAAACAGAAGGGCGAAGCUGCCAUAGGGUUGGCCGAGUUUUUUAACGCUAUGAGCAGCGAGCACAGCGUGGCCGCCGCAGCAGAGAAACUCAAGGCCGUGACGAAGAGGAGCGAGGUGCAGGGCAGGCAAGCAGGAGCAGGGAGCCCCAGUGAAUUCCUCUCCUGUCUCGUCAACUGCUUACUGGACGACCUGACGCCGAGCAGCUUCAUCGAGGCGCCCCCGAGAUCCCCAGCGGAAGCCUCCAGCCUCUUCGUCGGCCAAAAAGACACCAGGGUUUACUGCGGCAAGAAGAGCGUCACCCUCAACGACAACGUGGCGGAAUCCUUCAGAGAUUUGACGUUAACAGUCACUGCUACCCGGGCUUGGCUCCUCGAGGACCUCCUCCAGCAGCACUUCCGGACUCAGAGCAUCGAGUGGCACUGCCGGCCCUGCGAAAUCCGCCAUUCAUGCAUCUACGAGACAACGGCUGUGAAGUUGCCCAAAGUCCUGCUGCUAAACUUGAAUCGGGUGCACCAUGGAGGCGUAGACAAGACCCGCGUGGUUUUCCCGCCAGUGCUGCAGUUACGGGGAAAUAGUCCUUAUAUGACGACGGCGAAGGGGGGAACCGAGGCGUGUUAUUCCCUCCGAGGCGUCUGCAGCCGGAAGGACCCCACGGAUCCCACCCUCCCCUCCCCCCCUUCCUCCUCCUUCGCAGCCGCCUGCAGGAGGUCGAACGGGAGGGGAUGGUUUACUUACAGCGAGUUUGACGGGAGAGGAAGAAACACAACCAUUGAGAAGGUUCUUGAGGAAGGAAGGGACGCGGUCGUGCUUGUCUACGAGGAGGUGUCCGGGGAGUGGGGGAGUGGGGAGUGAGGGAUGGAAGGGGGUGGGGAGUAAGGAGUGAAAGGAGGAAUGGGGAGUAGGGAGUGCAAUAGGGAGUGAAGCGGGGAGUAAAUUGGGAUAUGAGGAGUGGGAAGGAGGGUGAUGAAUGGGUUGAGGAAUGAGUUUGAAAUAUGGAGGAUUAGGUUGGAAGAGUGGGUUUGGAGUGAGUGCGGCAAAAGGCAUGAGGCAGCCGACAUAUGUACGCACAUCUAUAUAUGUCUAUCUAUUUAUCCAUAUAGCAAUCUAUCUGUCUUUAUGUCUAUCUAUAUUUCUAUCUAUCUAUGGGUGUGCGUUUGUACGUAUAUAUGUUUAAAUACGUUGAGUAAGGAAAUAUAAAGUGCCCGUUCUUGAUACUAUAUUUAAACGGCAACGCCUUAAACAACUAACAGACUGGGUAACUGCGACCAGUGGACCUACUACAUGAAAAUGGUUUUGUAAACAGACACCACAUAUCUGUAUGAUAAACCCUUUGGAAUGUAUUCAUUAAAUUCUAGAAUUAAU